GAGAUAGAAUGGCACACAUCAGUCAAGUCCCUGACGUAGGCAUCUAUGCCGACAUUCCAUCAGCCUGCCGUACGCUGCUGUCUGCGAAAGCAAAGGCAGGCAAGACGUAUGACGAUCUGGCAAAGAUCACGGGAGCAGACGAGGGUAAGCUGUCUGCUGGUAGGACUGCCAGCUCACUGAUACGCUAGCAGUACUGCUGGCUGCCAUCUUCUUCGGUCAGAUGAAGGCAUCGCCCGACGUGCUCAAGUCGAUCUGCUCGACGCUCGAUGUGCCACUUGAAUCGAUUGCUGCCGAGCUCGGAGAAGGCUUCGUGCCUAUGCGGGGUACAUGCAAGAUGCCUCCGACCGAUCCGACCAUCUAUCGUCUCUAUGAAGCUUUGACGGUCUACGGACAUCCUCUGAAGCAGAUUAUCUACGAAAAGUUCGGGGAUGGUAUCAUGAGUGCGAUCGCAUUCAGAUGCAAGGUCGAAAAGAUCGAAGAGGAGAGCGGCACUCGCGUUCAGAUCACCUUUAAUGGCAAAUGGCUGCCGUAUGCUUGGAAAUGAAGUCCCGCCCAGUAUGACAUCAUGAACAGAAAACGAGUCAUAUGCAGUCUGAACAACUCGUCUGAUCGCGCGCGCGUUGGGCAAACAGAGGCGCAGCAUCACCCAUGAGCUCCGAGAGUUUGCGCUUCAGUCUGAGCCCAUUGUGGGUCCGCGCAGUCUGUGUGGUCUGUACGGGCUGGCUUGCGACAGUUGUUUCGAAUGAGGCAGGUAUGAGCUCGAUGGAAGGAGGUAUCGAUGUUGCCGAUGGGACUGCUUCAAUGCUGCUCGUUGACGAUUCGGCAGGCUCACCCUCAAAUCUAUUACGAUCGACCUCUACCUUCAUGACGGGCAUGUUCUG